AUGCCGUUAUCACCACCUCCAAGCUCGACCUUUGAGCACGGCCGCCGAGGUCAAAUCCGCAGAUAUCUCCAGAAAUUCACCACCACAAUCCGAAGAGGAAGCAAGGAUUCCGACGCGGAAAAUAACAUUCCUCAAUCCAGUGUUGAGACAAAUGACGCCCAGGAACAUUCCCAUGAUGAUACAUUGUUCACAAACACAAUCGAUGCAGACCAGCUGCCAACAACACGUGAGGAUCCCGAGGAGCAAUCUCGACCUACCCCACCGGUCACAAUUGAAACAUUCCACGUUGAUCGUGCUUCUGUCUACCAGGAGAGGGUCCAGAAAUUGCGCGACAGAUAUGGGAUGAAUAUUGCUGGUAGUGACCGCUCUACCUUUCCUGCUACUGCUCGUCGUGUUCAGAAGUCUGCAAGGAUGCGUGUCCACCGUAGCUGUCAUGAAUGUGGUGUCGACUUUGGCCAUGGUAUCCAUUGUCGAGCUUGUCAUCACAGGCUGUGCGGAGAAUGUCCCCGUACCCCAGGAAGAGGUAUCAAGGAAGCUAUGGCGCAAGCGAGGGAGUUCCCCUUCCACGUUGUUGCUGAAGAAUCGUCGACGAGUCCAGACCUCCCCAUGACAGAAGCACCUGCCAUUGUCUCAGAUCAUCUCGACGUCUUCAACACCAUACCAUCUACUAGCAAACAAGUCUCAAAACCUUCAACAUCUCUAGAACCUAUCUUGGCCGGCAACAGCUAUCUACCACCAUUGGAGGUUGACGAUGAUGUUCCUGACAGCGCUCCAUUCCGUAUCGCAUACGACUUCCGUCAUGGCAAAGACAAGGCAGAUAUUUCUAUAUCACCUCGUUCAUCUCGUCACGUACCCUACCCCAUUGCCACCAUUAGAGAUCCAAUCUUGAGAGCUCCCUCAGGUGUGCAGCGCGUGUACCGCAAACCUCGCCAACGUGUUCGCUACACAUGUCACGAAUGCUCUACACCCUUCCAAAGUCACAACAGAAUUUGCGGCAAAUGUGCACACGCGCGCUGUUCUGAUUGCCGCGAUCUACCAUCCCACAAGUCGCACAAAUCACGGCCGGAUCCCAGACUAGUCGAAGCUGUUGACGAACGUCUUGCCCGAGUUGGAAAGUAA